UCCUCACUAGCACCUGUCUUUUAUUGAAGGGUGGCCAUGGCUAUCAAUGCAGGAAUGUCUUGGCGGAGCCACGCCUUUCUUAUCGUGUGCUUAGUUCCACUAGCCCAUCUUGCGACCGCCCGUGAAAGACAGAUAAUUCCUCCGGUAUUACCCGAUGUUUUCCGCGGCAACAAUUUGGCUCGCCAUGGUAGAGCUGAUCCCACUGAGAAAAUCUUCAACGUUCUAGAUUUUGGCGCCGUGGCCGAUGGAAAGAAAGAUUCAGCCAUUUAUUUCAUACGAACAUGGAUUGCGGCGUGCCGGGGUACUCACACUGGGAAAUCAAGGGUUGUGAUUCCGGAAGGGACGUUCAAAGCAGGGCCAGUUAUAUUUCAGGGUCCAUGCACCUGCGCGAAACCUAUAAUUGUUGAAAUUAAAGGGACCGUAUUAGGAGCCAAUGACUUAUCCUUAUAUGAAGAACCAUACUGGAUUUUAUUUGAAAAGGUGGACGGAGUGAUAGUUACAGGCAAGGGUACUCUUAAUGGCCAAGGUUCAAGUGUCUGGAAAAACGUUGAGAGCUGCAGCGGUAGCGACUGCAGUCCACUCCCAUCGAACCUAAAAUUUAACGGAGUCACAAACGGGCUCAUCCGCGGCAUCAAUUCGAUAAACCCUAAGGGAGUGCACAUUUUCAUCACGGACAGCCAGAACAUUAGGGUGCGAGCAGUCUAUAUCGAAGCGCCCGGAACUAGCCCUAACACCGAUGGCAUACACAUAAGUGACUCGAACAACGUGAGGAUCGCCAGAACUCACAUUUCUACCGGGGAUGACUGCGUCGGUAUGAUUCAGGGAUCCACCAACAUUGCCAUCAACAAAGUCUUUUGCGGACCUGGACAUGGAAUCAGCGUUGGUAGCCUUGGCAAAUACGAGACUGAAAAUGAUGUGAGAGGGAUCAUUGUCAAGAACUGCACUUUUGCCAACACGGACAACGGUAUCAGAAUCAAGUCGUGGCCCGGAUCGCAGCCAAGUCAAGCUACCGGCAUGAUUUUCCAGGACCUAAUCAUGCAAAAUGUUAGGAACCCCAUCAUAAUCGACCAGGAGUAUGGUUGUAACGGCAAAUGCAACAAAGCGCCAUCGAAAGUGAAGAUCAGUAAUGUGCAUUAUAUCAACGUUAAGGGAACCACAUCAUCGGAUAUUGCAGUGGACCUGAUUUGCAGCAGCCAGUCUCCUUGUGAAAACAUUGAGCUUCGUGACAUUGAUUUGAAGUAUGUGGGUCCGAAGAAAGUUCGGUCUACCUCUCUGUGCAAGCAUGCGAAAAUCGGUUAUGGUGGCAUUCAAAACCCACCAGCUUGCCGUUGAAGAGUGGCCGCGGCCUGAUCAACUACUACAUAUACGAUUACAUAGUCAGUACUGGAAAGGGGAUGAUGGAGAGAGGAAGAAACUGCAAUUUGGGACAAGUAGAAAGGUUUGUUGGGGCUUCUAUCAUGUAUAUACAUUAAUUUUACGUUUUGUAAUGGGGGAUUAUAGCUUGAUUUGUGUAGUAUUUAUGUCUCAGAGUAGCCCUAAAAAAAAUUAACUACUCUUUUUAUUACUUAAGUAGUUGUACUGCAGAUAUACAAGAAGAUAGAAAAUUCUAUCGUACUGGGCUAUUUGCAAUAGAAA